AUGGCGCUUGCUAUCUCCAAUGAAUUUGACUGGCCCCAAUUCUCCAUGUGCACUGGAUUUCAGAAUUCCACAAUUGGAGGAUGGACACAAUCAUUAUAUCUGAAGUUAAGAAACCGAAACCGCUGUAACCACAGGGAUUACCAGAACAUAUCCAGGAAUGGUGGUUCAGCAGGCAAUUUAAAGCACUAUUUAAAAAGUUUGGCACGGAAUCAAGAAAUUGACAAACCCGUGGUUGUUUUCUACGGAUUGAUUGGCAAUGAUGUCUGCAAUAAUCAUGCAGAUACACUUAAAUAUAUGACGACACCUGAUGAGAUGAAAGCUGAUGUGAUGGAGGAUCUUCAAUACCUAGAUACCCAUUUACCAAAUGGAAGCCAUGUAAUUUUAAUGUCACUAGCUGACGGACGAUUCCUCUGGGACUCCUUACAUGACAGAUAUCACCCCAUUGGACAGUUUAAACAAGGAUGUCACAUAUGCGCAAUUCUAUGAUUUCCUGAGCUGUCUUUCGAUGAACCCUUGCGUAGGUUGGAUGAACAAAAAUGACACACUCCGAAAUCUAACCACAGAGAGAGCUGAACAGCUUUCCAAAGUCCUUCAAGACAUAACAGCUUCUGAGACGUUUACACAUUUUAAGCUUAAUUACUACGAAAAUUUAUAUAAGAAAGUGAUUGCAAAAUGGGAAAGUUUUGGAGGAAAGCCAUGGGAUCUGCUGGAGCCAGUGGAUGGAUUUCAUCCUAAUCAGAAAGCCUCUGCAGUUGGAGCAGAUCUGCUCUGGGAAGAAGCAAUGCAAAGAUGGCCUGGACUUUUUGGAAAAGAGAAUCCUUUUAACAAAGAAAUAAUAGCAAGAUUUGGAGACCAAGGUGGACACUAA